UACUGUCAGAUCUCUCUCCUCUGCGUCUCUCACCCUUUCGCCCUCCCCAACCCCAGCCGUCCCCCUCUCUGUAUCUCUCCGUCUCUCUCUCUCUCUCUCACUCUCUCCAGCAGAGCUCACUCCCUCACUCUUCUGACGCACGACAGGGAAACGGACCCAACGGCAGGAGGAAGAAGAAAAAAGGAGAGUAAGUGCAUCUGAACCAGCCGCUGAUAUGGUCCGCAGACUCCUGCUAAUGCUACACCGGACAGAGACACGGUCCUGAAGCCGAGAGGAGAACACUCUCUCCAGGGUACACUCUGGUUGAGCGCUCGCCCGGGAGGAGGAGGAGGAGGAGGCGAAGGAGAAGAGAGAGAGAGAGAGGGGGAGAGAGGAGGAAGAGGACGCGGACGGGCAUAAGUGGAGGACUUGCAUUUUAAACAAACUGCUUUGGAGAAAAAAAAGGGAGAGACGAAGAGGAAGAAGGGGAGAGAAUCAGAAGCAUCGGGGAGCGAGAGUGGGAGCCCGCAUUCCUAUCACGUCUUCAUUUUCCCUCUAUCCUUUUUUUUUUUUUGCUCCAGUCACUGCGAGAGAAGAGAGAAGAGAGAUCUAACAAGAUUCAAACUAGUGGUCUUUCCCCCGAUGUUUUCCAAUUGCAGAAGGAAACUAAGCCCGGCUUUGGACGGUGAGCGGUCGCACCGGGCAACAAGAGGACACACCGCGGGAGGAGAUGUGAAGUUGGAAUCCCACUAAACUAAUGCUGUGAAGUGGCUCUGUCCCUGGAGCCGAGACUUCAUCCCCUUGGUGUCAGCGAGGAUGCUGUGGGUUACCUUGCUGAGCACCAUAGCCUUAGGAUGGACCACCCCAAUCCCACUACUAGAGGACUCAGAGGAGAUCGACGAGCCCUGCUUUGAGCCCUGCUACUGCGAGGUCAAAGAGGGCAUCUUCCACGUCCACUGUGACAGUAAAGGAUUUACAAAUGUCAGCCAAAUAUCACAGAUAUGGAGCCGGCCCUUCAAGCUCAACCUGCAGAGAAACUCCAUGAGGAAGCUUUACUUUAACAGCUUCCUCCAUCUCAACAAUGCCAUAUCCAUUAACCUGGGUAAUAAUGCUUUGCAAGACAUCCAUGCAGGAGCAUUCAAUGGUUUAGGAAUACUCAAACGGCUGUUUCUACAUGAAAACAAACUAGAAGUUUUCCGGAAUGACACCUUUCUGGGGUUGGAGAGUUUAGAGUACCUUCAGGCGGACUACAAUGUUAUCAAAAGGAUUGAAAGUGGUGCAUUCAGGCACCUUCACAAGUUGAGAGUGCUGAUACUGAAUGACAAUCUUAUCCCCAUGCUCCCAAAUUAUCUUUUCCGGUCUGUGUCCCUUACACAUCUGGACCUAAGAGGAAACAGGCUAAAGACACUGCCGUAUAAGGGCACAUUGGAGUAUGUGGGGAGGAGCUUAAUGGAGAUUCAGCUGGAGGAGAACCCCUGGAACUGUGUGUGUGAGAUUGUACAGUUAAAAACAUGGCUGGAGAGAAUCCCUUACACAGCUUUGGUGGGCGAAAUUACGUGCGAGUAUCCGUUCCACUUACACGGGAAAGACUUACGGGAAAUCAAGCGCAGUGAGCUCUGUCCACUGCUAUCCGACGCUGAGAUCGAGGCCAAGCUGGGAAUUCCACGAAUCCCAUUUAGCACCGAGAACACAUGGCCUACUAAACCAUCCUCUAUGCUCUCCUCCUUUCACAACACAGCAUCUUCUGUGGAAUACAAGGAAAGAGUUGUCAAGCCUACCAAACGACCUCGGCCAACAAAGAACCCUCCAACCCCUCAUAGCAUAUACCCAGGCAUCAACCAACCCCCUAUUGCUGGUUAUCAAACAAGGCCUCCCAUCCCCAUAAUUUGUCCGGCUGGAUGUACUUGCAACCUCCACAUUAAUGACCUGGGGCUAACGGUGAACUGUAAAGAAAAAGGCUUCCACAACAUCUCCGAGCUCCUUCCUCGGCCCCUCAACGCUAAGAAAUUGUACCUCAGUGGAAACCUAAUACAGAAAAUCUACCGUUCUGAUUUCUGGAAUUUCUCAAGUUUGGAUUUACUGCAUUUAGGGAAUAAUCGCAUAUCCUAUGUCCAAGAGGGCGCCUUUAUCAACCUGCCAAACCUAAAAAGCUUAUAUCUGAAUGGAAAUGACAUUGAGAGGCUCACCCCUGGGAUGUUCCGAGGGCUACAGAUGUUGAGCUAUCUUUAUUUGGAGUAUAAUGUCAUACGUGAGAUACAGCCCAACUCCUUCUCCCUAAUACCAAAUCUCAAGCUGGUUUUCCUCAAUGACAAUCUGUUACGCUCCCUCCCCACUGAUGCCUUCGCUGGCACCAACCUUGCACGCCUCAACCUUCGCAACAACUAUUUCCUUUCCCUGCCAGUGCGUGGCGUUUUGGAUCAUUUGACCUCUCUUGUCCAAAUUGAUCUCCACCAGAACCCAUGGGACUGCUCUUGUGAUAUCAUCCCCCUCAAACAGUGGGUGGAAAAACUCUCCUCUGUCAUUGUGGUUGGUGAGGUCAUAUGUAAGACACCCGAGUUUGCAUUUGGAAAGGACCUGCGCUCACUGGAGGUUGAGGUCAUCUGUCCUGAGCUUAAGUAUUCUUCAGGCCCUUCGCCAGCCCAGCCUGGCGGAGAUGACCUCACCACAGGCAGCUCUGAAAUGGGAGAAGCAGGUGGGAGAGGAGCUGUUCCACUGUCUGUCCUCAUCCUCAGCCUACUUAUUCUCAUCAUAUCUGCUGUGUUUGUGGCUGCGGGGCUUUUUGCUUUUGUUCUCCGCCGCAGAAAGAAGCUGCCCUUCCGAAAACGCUCUGAGGUUGAUCUGACAGGCAUCCAGAUGCAGUGCAGGAUUUUUGAGGACCCGCCAAGACAGAGUAGCGCUGGUGACCCUGACACACCUGAAAAGCCAACACCCAGUAUGCAUACACAUACUCACAGUAGUCACUCACAUGCCCAUGGUCAUGUUUAUGAUUACAUCCCCCACCCUGUGACUCAGAUGUGUAACAACCCCAUCUAUAAGCCUAGAGAGGGGGAGAUAGAAGAAGACCGAGCACAGUUUUCCGAGAAGAAAGACAAUGGCAGCAGUAGCAACAGUAACUACAGAACCUUAUUAGAGAAAGAGAGAGAGUGGACAAUGGCUGUCUCCAACUCUCAACUCAACACCAUUGUCACAGUCAACCACUCCACGGCUGACAUGGCGGGAUUUCAUGAGAAUGGAGGGCUCUGCCCUACAAUGAUUGACAGCCAGAGGCCCACACCGACAGUGGGCUUUGUAGACUGCUUGUAUGGGACAGUACCAAAACUAAAGGACAUGCAUGUGGCACAUGCACAUCCACCGGGCAUGCAGUACCCUGAUUUGCAGCAGGAUGCACGGCUGAAGGAGACAUUGCUUUUCACGGCGGGGAAAGGCUGCUACCCCGACCCGUCCCAAAGCGAUUACCUCGAGUUAAGGGCCAAACUUCAAACCAAGCCGGAUUACCUCGAAGUCUUGGAAAAAUCAUACCGGUUUUAACAUCUCUAGCCCAUGGAGAAAACUAAACAAAAAGCAUAAAAUCAAUACAUUCACUUUGACACCCUCACAACAAAGUCACCUAAAACAAAUACUGAAAAAUAAAUUCUAAAAGCAGCAUGAUAUAAAAUAAAAAUAUUAUACUACACUUACAACAUUUCCCCCAAAACCACUUUGGAGGAGAGGCCAUUCUCAGAUAUUUCAAUGAAGUGCCUUUUUUCAGAGUAGCCAGCAGUGUCAACAGCCGUUAUUUUUAUAAUAUAUAAAUAUCUCUAUAUGCCCAACAGAAAGCAAAAGAGGAACAAGAGGGGCACCGGGGAAUAAAACAUACAUACAUCCUAAAAUACAUCCGUUACUAAAACCCCUUUUUAUGGAGUUACCACGAUUGAUGAUGACGAUUCAGGACACACGGGAGCUGGACGUCUCCCUGACUUGAGAGUCUCCUUUACCCCUGACUAGGAUGUACAAAUACCCGGAGGCCAUGCACAUAAAGUUUGCAGAAAAUUAUCGAAAGAGAAAAAAAAAAAAAAUACAUAUAUUAAAAUGAACUGCAGUUUGCUGCAUGCACUCGCUUCAGUGCAGGAAGCGAGGGAAUUUAUUCAGAACUGUCAAAUCACACUAUGAACAGAGAUACUGCAACACAUAAACCGUUCAGUGUUCUAUUUAAUUUUUAUAUCUUAUUAAUGUUAUUACUAUUAAUGAGGACUUCUGUCUAUAUCAGGGUGCUUCUCGUAUGGACACACUGACGCACGGAUGGUAAAACAUUUGUGAAUAUUAUUAUCAGACAAUGCUCAAGGUUUUUCUGGAUAUUUCCAUGCACUUUGUUAAGAACCCC